CAGUAGUUUAUUAUUUUUAUUUACAAAUAACACUCAGCCGAACUCACAGUGUUAUUAAAUAAUAGUGUGCAUUUAAUUAAUCACUUGUAUUUUAAACAAAGCAAAAUGAAUUUAAUUAUUUUUGUAUCAAUUUUAUUAAUUCAUAGUAUAUCUCAGAUUAAUGCCGAUGAAAAUGUUAUCAAUAAGACCAUUUUACCGGUCGUUAUGUGGCAUGGAAUGGGUGACACUUGUUGUUUUCCAUUCAGUCUUGGUUCAAUAAAAAAAUUGAUUCAACGUCAAACAAACAACACAUAUGUUAAAUCUCUUGAAAUUGGAGGAUCAAUUAUAACCGAUUAUAGCAGUGGAUUUUUUAUUCAUCCUGAUAAACAGAUUGAAGAUGUUUGUAAUCAAAUACGUAAUGAUCCAAGUUUACAACAUGGUUACAAUGCUAUAGGUUUCUCACAAGGUGGACAAUUUCUACGAGCUGUAGCACAAAAGUGUCCAACGCCCCCAAUGAAUAAUCUUAUAUCAUUCGGUGGACAACACCAAGGAAUUUUCGGCCUACCUAAAUGUCCAUCCUUAAGUCGAGAUUCUUGUGAAUACAUCCGACGAGCUUUGACCACAGCUGCUUAUGAAGGAUGGGCACAAAGAGAUAUUGUACAGGCAACAUAUUGGCAUGAUCCUGAGAAUGAAGAAAAAUACAGAAAUUUAAGCACUUUCAUAAGUCCAAUUAAUAAUGCUUUGCACAGAAAUGAAGAUUACAUCCGGAAUCUUCAACAACUAAAUAAAUUUAUUAUGGUCAAAUUUUUGAAUGAUACCGUUGUCCAACCAAAGGAAUCGCAAUGGUUUGGUUUUUAUGCGCCAGGUCAAGACAAGGAAGUUCUUCCACUCAGAAAAACUUCAUUAUAUCUUAACGAUGAUCUUGGAUUACAAAAAAUGGAUAAAGAGGGAAAACUUGUAUUCCUCGCAACCGAAGGCGAUCAUUUGCAAUUUAAAAAUGAAUGGUUCAAUACAAAUAUUUUGCCAUAUUUACUUGGAAACUAAAGGCUUUGUUUAAGUUAUAAACAAUUUUUAAAAAACGAUGCUUUAACAUCGAUUAAAUAAAAAAAAAAUAACAGUUCAUUUGUGUAU